AUGAGGAAUAGAUCAAUAAAUGAAGACAAGGAGGGAGAAGUAUCGGAUAAUGCCAAUAUGUGGAACAUAUUGGCAGGUGUAUGCAUAUAUUAUCCGCUUUCCAUCGGACUUACUUUCUUUCAAAAAUGGUUUAUAAAGAGUUACGAAUUUCCACUUCUUGUCGUCACUUGCCACUACGCUAUCAAAUACUUCUUUGCCAUGGUUUUUCGGUUUGUCAUGGAGUAUCACGCAGAUAAACGCCCACGAGUUUCAUUCAAAGAUCAAUUACAGUGGCUAGUACCAAUCGGCAUUUGUGCUUCUCUGGAUAUUGGUUUAUCAAAUUGGGGUCUUAAAUACGUCACAGUAAGUUUUUUUACAAUGGCAAAAUCUAGCAGCAUUUUGUUUAUGGUUGCAUGUGCUCUACUAUUGCAUUUGGAACGAUGGCGGCCUAUUCUUAUCAUAUCUGCUGGAUUUAUUGCGUUUGGCUUAUUCCUCUUUACUUGGAGAUCAGCUCAAUUCGAACUUCGCGGUUUACUGUUGAUUGAAUUGGCAGCAGCAUGUACGGGGUUACGAUGGACAGUUUCACAAAUUGUUAUGCAAGGAGAAGAAAAAUUAUUGAAGCAUCCAAUGGAUAUGAUUGCAUAUGUGCAACCAUGGAUGUUCCUUGCCAUCCUUCCUCUUUUAUUUAUGUACGAAGGCUCUCAUCUUUCUUUUGACAAAGUAACACAUUGCUUUAAUGAGCAUGCGCCAUUCUAUGUCUUAUUUUUUAUUUCAUUUGGUGGUCUAUUGGCUUUUGCAAUGGAAAUGGCAGAAUAUCUUCUUCUCGUAUAUACAUCGGGUAUCACGUUAAACAUAUUCGGGAUAAUCAAGGAAGUAGUAACAUUGUCGUUGGCAUAUUUUAUUAAUGGAGAUUAUUUUUCCUUGAUGAACACAAUUGGUUUAGUUUUGUGCUUCUGUGGUAUGCUUUUGCACGCUUUUUCAAGAAGGACAUUAUUGAAAGCUCGCACAAAAUCGCAAAUGCCGGACAGAAGAAGACUUUUGAUGGAUGUUGAUGCAUAA